AUGUCUGUGAGUAGUGUUGAACAUGUGACUGAAGUUCUUUCUGACUGGAGAAACAGACAUAUCGUUGAGGCGGAAGCAUUUGACCUGAAGGAUGAGGAAAACCUGCCCUUGGUCAUCGGCAUCCCAAGGACGGUGAUGUCAAAUCUUCCAAGAACACUUCGCCUACACUGUAACUUUGAUGUCAGUCAGUCACCGAAUCUCUACGUUCUCUCAGAAUUCCGAGAAUACCCAAGUCUUUUGCCCUACAGAUCACAUCAAUAGCAGACAUGAUACGAAGUCAAGUUGGCUAUAACAAACCAUGGCAAGUAACCAACUCUUCCAGAAAGGGGCGGCUUAUGGCAUGCUGGGAACACGGGAUGUUGAUGAAAAGACGAAUUUCUCCACUGGGUCGAGGAAUCACGACGCCUCAAGGCAACGAUGGUCGUUCAAUGCUGAAGAAUCAAGAGAACAAGCAAUAGUCGGAUUGACCACCGUGUCUUAG